GAGAGAGGCAAGGGAGAGAGGGAGGGGGUAAAAGGAGAGGGAGCCACACACCGGAGUAAAGAAGGGAGGCAGCACACGGCUGCAGAGCUCAGUCCGAAAGGCAGAGCCAGAGGAGAGAUAUAUAGAGAGAGAGAGAGAGAGAGAGAGAGAGAUAGAGAGACAUACAGAGGAGACACACAGAGAGGAGAGAGAGAAGGCUCAGUUCACUGGCCGUUGCACAGAGAGAGAGAAAGAAGAGAGCACUGAGGCUCAGUUACACUCUAGUAACUUCAAACCGGCUCCGACAAUCAAAAGGAGGAGAAAAAAGAAAAGACAGAAAGAAAGAAAGAAAGAAAGAAAGAAAGAAAGAAGGAAAGUCUGGAUUGUAUGAGUGCUUUUGUUUCCCGGCUGCUCUGAGGAUUUCUCUCUCUGGACAUUGAUUAGAAGCAGCAUUAGUUCAUGUGGCUCCUUCCCGGUGUUUAUUUGCUCAUCCCGUGAUCCUCGGCUCCUCGUAUCUCUUCAGGACUUCUCCUCCGUCCCCCCGUGCCCCCGUCCCCCCGUGCCCCCGUGCCCGCGCCCGCUCCGCCAGUCCUCCGCACGGAUUAAUCCUUCAGACCUCGUCUUCUUCUUUUAGAUCGUUCUGUAUUUUUCGGGGGCCCGUUUAUCUGCACGAUUUGUGAAUGGGGGGGUGCAUAAGAGAUUGAAAGAAACCAAGCUCUGAUAAAAGCCUGCGUUUAAACUUUAGACAAAAAAGGGAGCAUGUGUGUGUAAUUGUGUGCGUGUGUGUGUGUGUGUGUGGUUGUGUGUGAGUGAUUGUGUGUGGUUGUGAGAAGCGAGUGUGGGAGUGAGAGGCAGCAAGGCGCGAAAAAAAGAGCGUCUGCCUGGGAGGAGGAGGAGGAGGAGGAGGAGAGGGAGGUGGGUCUGCCAGACGAGACCCCCACUCCCGGUGGUUCCCCCCCGCUUUUCCUUUUUUCACGAGGGUGAUCUGAGUUAUGGAUGUUGACACAUUCCUGUGGUUCUGCUGAGGGGUAAACUACACUGGGAACUACACACGCAACCUCAGGGCUUUACCAGCAACACCACCGCCGCCGCCGCCGCCACCAGCACCACCACCAGCACCACCACCCCCAUCACCGCCAGGAACCAGCCCACCAGCCAACCAGUCCGUAAAUGUUUUUUCUUUCAUCGGUCCACCAGUGCUGUCGUUAUCAAGAGACUACGAUCCUCUUCCUCAUCGUCCCCCGUCCCUAAGACGUCACUAACGACCAUCCAAAGCGUGACUGCGCUGGUUUCCAUAGAAACCGUUUUUUUCCGGGUUAUUCCUUGCGUUUCAUUUGAACCCCCUUGCAGGUGAACCCCCCGCCCUCAGGAGCCACGAAAACAACAGGGGGUCUCGGUUGCCACGGGCGGCAGGGGAGGGGAUCCGUCUCUCUCUCUCCCCCACUCCUCCCCCCUGCCCCCCCCGCUCAGCAUGCCCCAGCCCCCGAGCGUCUCCAGCGCGCCGCCAGCUCCUCUACCAUGCGUAGAUGGACAGUGACACAGGGUGCACCGACCGCCUGGUCCUGCUCCGCCCCCUCCCCCACCGCCCCCUCCGUCGCCUGCCUCCGCCGCGGACCCCCCUCGUCCCUGCUCUCCGUGGCCUUCCUCCUGCUCCUCCUGCUGCUGCUGCUGGGACCCUCGCCCUCCUCGCCGCUCUCCCUGCCCCCCCGCUCUUCGUCGUCCUCGUCGGCCUCGUCUUCGUCGCGGGCGUCCUCGCCACCGCUGGCGCCGGACUCCAAGCGGGACCGCGACGCUCCCAGAGGCUCCCGGCGGCGCUCCUCCGGCCCUCCGCCGCCGCCGCCCCCCGUCGCCUCCUCCUCCUCCUCCCCUUCCUCGCCGCUGCCCUGGCCGCCGGCGUCCCCCGCCCGCUCGCCGAGGGGGGCGGCCCACCUGUCGUCGGCGCCCUCGCUGGCGUCCUCCUCGUCCACGGUGGUGGGCCGCCACCCGCGCAGCAGCUACAACCACCUGCAGGGCGACGUGCGGCGCAGGAAGCUCUUCUCCUACCAGAAGUUCUUCCUGCGCAUCGACAAGAAGGGGAAGGUCAACGGCACCAAGAGCGACGACGACCCCUACAGUGUGCUGGAGAUCAAGUCGGUGGACGUUGGCGUGGUGGCCAUCCGUGCGCUCAGCAGUAACUACUACCUGGCCAUCAGCAGGAAGGGAGAGCUCUAUGGAGCGGUGAGUUUACUGCAGAGACACAAUGAAUGCAUCAAUGUUGGAUUUAAAUCCUUUUCUCUUAAUUAACAUCAUUGCAUCUCUUGCAACUCUGGGAAAUGUGUUCUUAUUCUAUACUAUCUAUAGUCAGACUAUAUUUAAAGAGACAUUGUAUUUAUCUUGGUGCAGCUCAAAGGUUUGUGGGAAGGAGCUCGGUCAAACAGCAAGAAUCUCUUGCACAAAUAGAGAAUGGGGCUUGGUUAUGUAUCUGUCCUCUCCUCUCCUUUACCCUCACCUCCUCUUCUCUCACCUCACCUCCUCUCUUCCCACCUCCUCUAACCUCCCCUCCCCUCACCUCCUCUACUCUCCACCUCCCUUCAAUCCAUUCACAAACAAGAAAUACAUCUGUCAGGCUCUUCACUGUGCCUCCAUU